AUGCGGACACUGAGGGGGGAUGCGGCUGGGCGAGGGUGUGCGGAAGGCAUGACGGCCUACCGAGCGGCUAAGAGCAGAUCGUAUGGCGAGAAACGCGGCGCUCAAGUCGACCGCCAGCAUCAGCGCUGCUGCCGGCAGUCGCACCGCGCAGCAGCAGCAGCGACGAUGAAGAGGAGGGGGAGGGAGAUGAGGAGGGAGAUGAAGAGGGGGAGGAAGGAGGAGGAGUUGGGGAAAUUCAGCGAGUAUAUCCCUGAUGAGAUUGCAGAUGAUGAUGGGAGGGAUGAGGGGGAGGAGGAGGGGGAAGAUGAGGAGAUGGAGGGUGUAGGCGGUGGUGGUGGUGGGGGUGGUGGUGGCAGUGGGAGGAGGAGAGGACGGAAGCCGGGGAAACGCGGUGCAGAGAAGAAAAAGCAGUGGGGGAGUAAGCGGUGGGGGGGGAUGGAGGAGGAGUUGGGAGCGGUUGGUGCCGGUGACGGCGACGAGGAGCUGCAGAUGGCCCAACACACGCACAAAGUUCAUUGCACCCACUCUGUGCAGCCCUCUGUCUCUGCUACUGCCUCUGCCUCUCUUCGCGCCUCUCUCCGCCCCUCUCCACCUCUUUCUGCCUCUCUCUACCUCCUUCUGCCUCUCUCCACCUCUUUCUGCCUCUCUCUACCUCUUUCUGCCUCUCUCCACCUCUUUCUCCCUCUCUACCUCUUUCUGCCUCUCUCCACCUCUUUCUGCCUCUCUCCACCUCUUUCUGCCCCUCUCCACCUCUCUCUGCCUCUACGGAGAAAACUCCAUGGGGAUCUGGGGAGGGAGGGAGAGGUGGAAGGGGAGGAGGAGCGAAGGUUGGAGGAGGAGAGGGAGGAGGGAGGGGUGGAGGAGGAGGGGGAGGUGGAAGCGGAAGGGGAGAGAAGGGUGGAGGAGGAGAGGGAGGAGGGAGGGGAUGAGGCGGUGAGGGUGACGCCAGCAGAGGUAGAGGCAGGCGAGGCAAGAUGA